UUAUCCAUCCCUCUCUCUCUCUCUCACUCUCUUUCUCUGGUUGCUCAGCAAAAGAAAAACAAGAAAGAGGGAAAAUGUUGCAGCUAAACAGUGUGAGCUGGCUGAGUAGCACCGCCCAAAACCCUAUGCUAUGGCUUCCCCAAUCCAACAGUCAAAGCUCACAAGAUAGUCGCGCAUUUAACAGUAUUAGUAAUGGUAAAACCUCGAACACCAAUAAGAAGAAAAAAUUGAGUGUGAAAUGCCAGUACUACGACCAGCAGCAGAAGAGCUUCACCUCUUCCUCACGGCCGUCUUCUUCUUCUGCUCCAGUUGGAGAAUCUCCGCCCAAGGUUUUUGUGGGCCAUUCAAUAUACAAAGGGAAGGCUGCUCUUACAAUCGAGCCUCGAGCCCCAGAGUUUUCCCCAUUAGAGUCAGGGGCAUAUAAAUUAGUCAAGGAAGGCUUCGUGCUGUCACAGUUUGCUCCUGCAUCUUCUGCUCGUCAAUAUGAUUGGACGAGAAAGCAGGUAUUUUCAUUGUCGGUGACAGAAAUUGGACAUCUUGUAAGUCUUGGUGCAAGAGAUUCCUGUGAGUUUUUUCACGAUCCUAAUAAGGGAAGAAGUGAGGAAGGUAAGGUCAGGAAGGUGUUGAAGGUAGAGCCACUUCCAGAUGGUUCUGGUCACUUCUUUAACCUCAGUGUUCAAAACAAAACUCUGAAUAUAGAUGAGAGUAUAUACAUUCCAGUCACCAGGGCAGAGUACACUGUCCUCAUAUCCGCUUUUAAUUAUAUCUUGCCAUACCUCCUAGGUUGGCAUGCCUAUGCGAAUGCAAAUUCCAUAAAAUCAGCAGACAGUAGCCGGGAGAACAAUGUGAAUCCAAGAUAUGGGGGAGACUACGAUUGGAACAGGUAGCAGCAUCAAUGUUGCUUAGAACAAUGGUGGAAACGCCCCCGCCUUUGUAUCAAUCGUCAACAGGAGAAUGUUAUAAGAAAUUUUGAUGAGAUUGUGGGCUCCUUGUCUUGUUAUGAAAACUUGGACAUUGUAUUCCAGGUUAGUAUGUUUUUUUAGUAGGAUAUUUCUGCAGGAGGUACACCGAUGGUAGACAUUAUCCAUGUGGCGCGUCCUACUGACCUUGGGUA